UUACUUGCGUCGACCCCUUUACUUGUCGGGACAAGUAACUGCGCUGCCACCAUGCGUGAGUGCAUCUCCAUCCAUGUGGGCCAAGCGGGCGUGCAGAUCGGCAAUGCCUGCUGGGAGCUCUACUGCCUGGAGCACGGCAUCCAGCCCGAUGGGCAGAUGCCCAGUGACAAGACCAUCGGCGGUGGUGAUGACUCCUUCAACACCUUCUUCAGCGAGACAGGCGCUGGCAAGCACGUGCCCCGCGCUGUCUUUGUGGACCUGGAGCCCACGGUGAUCGAUGAAGUGCGCACAGGGACCUACCGGCAGCUCUUCCACCCUGAGCAGCUCAUCACGGGCAAGGAGGAUGCGGCCAACAACUACGCACGGGGCCACUACACCAUCGGCAAGGAGAUCAUCGACCUGGUGCUGGACCGCAUCCGCAAGCUGGCUGACCAGUGCACAGGCCUGCAGGGCUUCCUAGUCUUCCACAGCUUUGGGGGUGGCACUGGCUCUGGUUUCACCUCCCUGCUCAUGGAGCGCCUCUCAGUUGACUAUGGCAAGAAGUCCAAGCUGGAGUUCUCCAUCUACCCAGCCCCACAAGUGUCCACAGCCGUGGUGGAGCCCUACAACUCCAUCCUCACCACCCAUACCACCCUAGAGCACUCCGACUGUGCCUUCAUGGUGGACAACGAGGCCAUCUACGACAUCUGCCGCAGGAACCUCGACAUUGAGCGUCCCACCUACACCAACCUCAACCGCCUCAUCAGCCAGAUUGUGUCCUCCAUCACUGCAUCCCUGCGCUUUGAUGGGGCCCUGAAUGUUGAUCUCACUGAGUUCCAGACCAACCUGGUGCCCUAUCCCCGUAUCCACUUCCCCCUGGCCACCUACGCGCCCGUCAUCUCCGCUGAGAAAGCGUAUCAUGAGCAGCUCUCUGUGGCCGAGAUCACCAACGCCUGCUUCGAGCCGGCCAACCAGAUGGUCAAGUGCGACCCUCGCCAUGGCAAGUACAUGGCCUGUUGCCUGCUGUACCGUGGGGAUGUGGUGCCCAAAGAUGUCAACGCCGCCAUCGCCACCAUCAAAACCAAGCGCAGCAUCCAGUUUGUAGACUGGUGCCCCACGGGCUUCAAGGUGGGCAUCAACUACCAGCCGCCCACGGUGGUUCCCGGCGGGGACCUGGCCAAGGUGCAGCGCGCCGUGUGCAUGCUGAGCAACACGACGGCUAUCGCCGAGGCCUGGGCCCGCCUGGACCACAAGUUCGACCUCAUGUACGCCAAGCGCGCCUUUGUGCACUGGUACGUGGGUGAGGGCAUGGAGGAAGGCGAGUUCUCGGAGGCGCGUGAAGACAUGGCAGCCCUGGAGAAGGAUUAUGAGGAGGUGGGGGUGGACUCGGUGGAGGGCGAGGGUGAGGAGGAAGGUGAGGAGUACUAAAUGCUGGGCUCCAUCUCUGUAGCAUGUCCACAAAAUGUCACCUGCAAACAUUUUGGCUUUCUUGUGCCGCGGGCAGAGGUCUGGCCCCGCAAAGCCAGGAGGAUACUGGGCCCAUCUGGGUGCUCUCACUCUUCCACAGCUUGAUCUCUUCUGUUUUCUUUGUGUCUGUACCUUUUCUGUCAAUAAAAGG